CAUUCAACCAAAGCUUCCUUUUUUCCUGGUUUUCCCCAAUCCACAUUCGAUCACGAGAAGGAGGAUGACAAUUGGGUUUCUCUGUUUCAGCCGUAAUUUAGCAGAAAUGGAAUCUCUUCGGGAGUAAUUUUGGGGUUUGAGGUGCUGAUUCUCGUGGAUUAAUAAAGGGAAUAAAGUUUCCUGAUUUGAAUCAGCGUUGGGGUUGAGAUUAUUAAUCAAAGUUUAGGGCUUCAGCAUCGAUGGAGGCUCGUGUGGGAAACAAGUUUCGGCUCGGACGCAAAAUUGGAAGCGGUUCUUUUGGAGAGAUCUAUCUCGGUACUCAUAUUCAAACACAUGAAGAAGUUGCCAUCAAGCUUGAAAAUGCCAAGACAAAACAUCCACAGCUGCUCUAUGAAUCCAAGUUAUACAGACUUCUACAGGGAGGAACUGGUGUUCCGAAUGUCAAGUGGUUUGGUGUUGAAGGCGAGUACAAUGUGCUGGUGAUUGACUUGCUUGGGCCUAGCCUUGAAGACUUGUUCAAUUUCUGUAGCAGGAAACUUUCUCUCAAGUCCGUCCUCAUGCUUGCUGAUCAAAUGAUAACCCGUGUUGAGUAUUUCCAUUCGAAAUCUUUCCUUCACCGAGACCUCAAGCCAGACAAUUUCCUCAUGGGGUUAGGAAGACGUGCAAACCAGGUGUACAUCAUCGACUUUGGUCUUGCUAAGAAGUACAGGGAUAACACUACUCAUCAGCACAUUCCUUACAGAGAAAAUAAGAAUCUCACUGGAACUGCAAGAUACGCUAGUAUGAAUACUCACUUGGGAAUUGAACAAAGCCGAAGGGAUGACUUAGAAUCACUUGGUUACAUCCUCAUGUACUUCCUUAAAGGAAGUCUUCCAUGGCAAGGACUUAAAGCUGGAACCAAGAAACAAAAGUAUGAGAGAAUCAGCGAAAAGAAAGUCUCUACAUCAAUCGAGUCUCUAUGCCGUGGCUACCCAUCUGAACUCGCAUCUUACUUCCAUUACUGCCGCUCCCUCCGGUUUGAUGAUAAACCAGACUACAAUUAUCUCAAAAGAAUAUUCAGGGAUCUCUUUGUCCGCGAAGGGUUUCAAUUGGAUUAUGUCUUUGACUGGACCAUAUUAAAGUACCAAAAGUCACAGCUAACAGCUCCUCCAUCACGUGGCGUCGUAACUCCUGCGGCUGGAACCAGUGCGGGUAACAGAACAUCUUUAACCAAUAGAAUGUUUGAAAAGUUUUUUAAGCUUUGUUUUGAUUUGUUUCUUGAAGGGGAGGAAGAGAGAGUGAGACCAACAAUGGAUUUAUCAAGAAGGAGAACCUCUGGAGGAGCUCUUGACAACUCUGCAGCUACUAGAGCCCCUACGAUGCCAAGGGAGUCACUGUUUGCACAGUCAGCAGGAUCAUCAAGGAGAGUAACGUCGGAGGAGCUGCACUAUGCAGGCGGUGGAGUAAGAAACUCUGCGGUGGUUUCAACGACAGCAGGGAAGAGAUCAUCUUCCACCAGGAAACAGUAUGACUCCGCGGUGAAAGGCAUUGAGACUCUCCAAGUCUCAGACGAAAGGUUUCACCACCGUUGAACCAGAAGAUAGAAAAAGAAUGGUUACGUGACAGAUAUUAAUACAUUAUAUAUAUUUGAGUUUAAGAAAUGCAUUGGUGCAACCGUGAUCUACAAGUUACCUGAUGCACCUGACCCGUCACUCCUGGAUCCAAUAAAACGGAACCACUACGAUGUCUCUGCUGUUACACAUUUGCUCAGGAACUAACUUAGCCAGUUUGAGAUGUAACAACUUUAAAUAAAUGUUAGAUUUCUUAUGUCAGGAUCAAAUUAUAAAUAAUCUUUUUAGGUGUUCUACUAGCUGCUGUCCAAGAGCGAUUAGUUAUGAAAUAUUUUGUAGAAACAUAAACGUUUAAUAUUUUUUCUUCUGGAUGAAUAAAUGAAAAAGGUGAAGUA